AUUAGUCCACAUCUAAUUAGGAGUGUGUUCAGUUCUGGUGCCACUAUAGUUUUAGCUAACAACCAAAACUAGAACCAAACAUUUGGUUCUUUGAUUUUUAGGAAUCAGACUAGAAGGCAAAUUUUGUUUCCAAUUCCGAUUUGGUUCUAAUCCAGUUCUGAUUACCAUUCUGGGCUUAUGGAAAAUGUUUUGUAUAUAUAUAGUACUAGCUUCAAUUGCCAUCACAGUUUGGGUUUAAUAAUCCUCUACUUAGUUAUUUAGGGCUUGAAAAUGGUUAACAGCAGUGACUGUGGCUUGUCUAAAUAAUUGAUAGAAGAAAUUCUGGUAAAGGUCAGGAAUCAAGUAUGUUAUAUAUGGGCGUUUCCAGCUGUGUAACCCAAAAAGCUACAGCUUUCUGAUAAAGAUCAAUUUGAAGAAACUAAUAGAAGAAGAUGACUCAUACGGUCACUAGCAGGGAAUAUAUCAUCAUUAACUAAGGAGUAGAUAUCUUCUUUGUGACUGUCAGUGAAGGGGCUCUAAAGACAAGGUGUUGGUGGUGAAUGCUGAAGGUCAAUAUAUGUUUUCGCUUGAUCAUGAAGCUCGACUAACAUGUACCAAAAGGAUGUUUAGUUUCUGCUGCAUCAAAUUAUGCACAACUUGAUCCACAUGCUAGUUCUUUUUAUUUGAUCUUUAGUCUGAAUGUACUGCCAGGCAUAUGUCAUGAUACAACGCUUGCAAUUGUUGAAGUGGCAGGCCAGUAUAAAUUGCAGCAGAGAGAAGAAAAAAAGGUUCUUGUAUAUGUCUUUAUCUUCAAAUUUUUUGGAAGUCAAACCAUAUGAUUGCUUAUGAAGAGUUUGUUUCAGGGUACCGCAUUGCAAUUUCCAGCCUGCAAAUUGAUUGUGGUUGAAAGUUUGGCUAACAUAUAUGUAAUUAGCAAGGUUAGCAAUCCAGUGCCAAAUUUUUCCUUUGAUUUCCAAAGUCUCCAAAUUCAAAAAAUCUAGCCUUGGUCAUAAAAGAAGAGCUCUAAUAUUUGUUUUGUAUUUAGUUUUAUAUUGUGCAAUGAUUGAAUCCAUAGAAGAUACAUGUAGUAUUUCGUAGGAUAAUCUGCAGUACUAUACGGAAAAGCAGGAAAUGAUAUAAUGUGUUGGCAAAGGUUGUAUAGGCUGUCAAAAUUAGUUGGCUGGUGAUGGGUACCUGAUGGUAGGGAAUGGCUAAUGUGAACUUCAGGGUGUCUUUCAGAAAAGUUGAUGGGAUGUCUGACUCAUUUGGUCGUGGUCAAAGUGAAACAUCCCACAAUUUUUGUAACUUUCAGUUCAUCGAGUAGUUAAACAAGCUGCUGUGAAGUUCACAUGAGGGAUUCCCUACCUUCUUCAGAGCACAGAGUCCUAUCACCUCUUGAUGCUUGGAGAAUGUCCCUCCAGUAAAGAAAAAGAUUGAAAAAGUAGCACUUUUGUUUAAAUAAUUAGUCCUCCCUGGAAGUGGUAGGUCAUGAUGUUUCAGGGAAUUCAGAAUCGGUGCAUCAAUAAUUUAUUAUAGAAGAUUAGGUUGAAGACAAAACCAUGUGAUCCUUCAUGAGUAUCACUACACCUGAUCCAAACCAUUCUCUAGCUUGCAUUAGAUUAUUUCCACUGUACCUUUAAUGUUAUGUGUAUAUAUACACACAUAAACAUUUUGAUUUAAAAGCAUCACAAGUCCUUACAACCUCAAACAUAGCUCCUUUCUUUUGGAAGUCCUUACUGAUCUUUCUUCUGUUCAUUCAUACCAAAAUAUGGGUUUCCGUUUGCCAGCCAUUCUUCGUGGUAAGCAAAUUCUUCAGAGGUCUUCUUCUGCAAACCAAACAGCUUCCAUGGAUGUGCCAAAGGGCUACCUUGCAGUCUAUGUUGGAAGGAAACGAUUUGUGAUUCCAGUAUCAUACUUGAACAAACCUUCAUUUCAAGAUUUAUUAAUCCAAGCUGAAGAAGAAUUUGGAUAUGAUCAUCCAAUGGGUGGUCUUACAAUUCCCUGCUGUGAAAACAUGUUCAUUGAUGUCAUUUCUUGCUUAAAUUGUUCAUGAGACUUGAACUCUGUACACACAAUUUUGUAGAGAGCAGAGUAGUAAGUGCAAUGUACACAAAGCAUUGGAAUUUAAUCAAUUAUUCUUUUAUUUCUUC